AUGGCUUCCAAGGAGGAAAUGAUCAAGGAGUUAUAUCACUAUUUCCCGAACAAAGCAGCAGCCAUCAUAUUUGCAGUUCUAUACAUCGCGUCGUCCAUCCUUCAUGAAGUUCAGUAUAACGCAACGCGGCCUCAAAAGUUCACUAUGCCCUUCAUCCUAGGAACAACAUUUUCUGGUAUCGGUUUCGUCGCUCGUUCGUUGAGCGCUCUCAAGGUAGGAGAUGCACGCACAUUAUGGCGUAUAUCCUCCAUGUUCACCCUCGGUGCCGGUCCUACAUACGCGGGUGCAGACUACUUCGUAUGUGGCCGAAUAUUCAGCUAUGUCAGAUCGGCGGCACCAAUAUCGCCUCUCAGAACCGUCCGAACGUUCAUUGUUUUCGAUGUCCUGGCAGAAAUUGCCGUUUGGGUUGGCGCGGGUAUCAUGGACGGUAGCGGGGACCCAAAUAGUGUUAGGGCAAAAUUGGGCUUGAACCUACUUAGGGCUGCGGUGAUCAUACAGCUCGCCCUAUUCAUGUGCUUCGUUGUGGUGAUAUUUAUCUUUCAGAUACGGGCAACAAGUCGAGGUUUUUGGAAAGCGAGUCAUCAAAAGGCUGGUGGGACUCCUGGUUGGGUGAAGGUCACAUAUACUUUAUAUGCUUCUUCCUUGUUGAUAGCCGUGAGAUCGGGGUAUCAUAUUGCUGAGAAUUUUCUACCUUCGGAUCAUCCAUUUCGAGCUACUGAGGCACCAUUUCUUUGUUUGGAGGCUCUCAUAAUGUUUAUAAACGUGGCCAUGUUCAAUGUUUUUCACCCUGGAAGUCUCCUACCAAGCAACCCACACAUAUACUUGCUCGCGAACGGUACGGAGGAAAAAGAUGACAGCUCGGAAGGAACGCUAGAGGAUACCAGGCCUUUAAUGAUGAAAAUUGCUGAUCCCUUGGAUAUCAAAGGCCUGUUUAACAGGAAGAAGACCGAGAAACGUUAUCAGGAAGGGGCAUCAAGAGGAGACGACGAAAUGAUGCCGGAAAGCGUGAGGAUGCUGGAAAAUAGGCCGCGCGAUGGAUUUCACCAAUGA